AUGCAAUCAUGUCUUCUAUGCGAAUUGCGCAUGCUUCGCUUGGUGGUGUGUGCACAGGGAGGGAGUGUGGAAGCCAUGGGCCAGGAUAAUUCAUUUGAGAAUAUUGAGCAGAAGAAGGCGCUGAGUUUAUUUGAAAUGGAGGCACUUGUGAAGAGCAAAUUGGAGGGGGAGAACAGUGAUGUGUACAUCAUUGAUGUCCGCGACGGGUUUGAGGUGGAGGAGUUCGGAUCGAUCCCAUUUUCUGUGCACAUCCCCUCCACGGAAGUGCGACGGGCGUUUCGAUUGAGGGAAGCGGAGUUCAUGGGGAACUACAAGUCACGCAUGCCGCGCAAAUUUGAUAAAAUUGUCUUUUACGACCAACGCAGCGGCCGUGCGGCAACGGCGGUGGAGGUGGUGGAGGCGAUGGGGUACCAACGGGCGACGUACUUCAGUGACGGAUUCAGCGAGUGGAAGUCUAAAAGUGGCCGGUCAGCAGACGAGGAUCUUUGA